GUCAGCCCGCCUCCAGGCUCGGAAGACCCGCCUCCUCUCUAAAGUUAAGCGAGGAAUACAGGGAUUGGAAAUUUAGACGGUGACGUAACUUUCCGCUUUAGGUGGCCUUCCGCUCGCCCGGCAGUCGGAGGGGGUUCGGGGUUCUUUGGGCUGGCUCCCGGUCCCUCCGCCCUCAGAGGCUCCAUGAGGUCAGUUAGCUACGUGCAGCGCGUAGCGCUGGAGUUUAGCGGGAGCCUCUUCCCCCACGCAAUCUGCCUCGGAGACGUCGAUAACGAUGCGUUAAAUGAACUGGUAGUGGGAGAUACCAGCGGAAAGCUGUCUGUGUAUAAGAAUGAUGACAGCCGGCCAUGGCUCACCUGCACCUGUCAGGGAAUGUUGACUUGCGUUGGAGUUGGAGAUGUGUGUAACAAAGGAAAGAACCUGGUAGUGGCAGUGAGUGCCGAAGGCUGGUUUCACUUGUUUGACCUGACACCUGCCAAGGUUCUGGAUGCUUCUGGGCACCAUGAGACAUUCAUGGGAGAGGAGCAGCGUCCAGUCUUCAAACAACACAUUCCUGCCAAUACCAAGGUCAUGCUCAUCAGCGACAUCGAUGGAGAUGGGUAUUGUGAGCUGGUAGUGGGCUACACAGACCGUGUGGUGCGGGCCUUCCGCUGGGAAGAGAUGGCUGAGGGCACUGAACACCUGACAGGCCAGCUGGUGUCCCUCAAGAAAUGGAUGCUGGAGGGUCAGUUAAGCCCCUGUUCCUGGCAGGUGGACAGUCUCUCGGUGACACUGGGGCCACUGGGUGUUCCUGAAUUGAUGGUAUCUCAGCCAGGCUGUGCUUAUGCAGUGCUUCUGUGCACCUGGAACAAGGAUACUGGGUCCCCUGCUACCUCUGAGGGGGCCACGGAGGGCAGUAGGGAGACCCCAGCUGCCCGAGAUGUAGUGCUGCACCAGACUUCUGGCCGCAUCCACAACAAGAACGUCUCCACUCACCUGAUUGGCAACAUCAAGCAAGGCCACAGUUCUGAGAGUGGUGGCUCUGGCCUCUUUGCCCUGUGCACCCUGGAUGGGACAUUGAAGCUUAUGGAGGAAGCAGACAAGCUGCUGUGGUCAGUCCAGGUGGAUCACCAACUUUUCGCCCUAGAAAAGUUAGAUGUCACAGGAAAUGGGCAUGAAGAGGUGGUUGCAUGUGCCUGGGAUGGACAGACAUAUAUUAUCGAUUACAACCGCACCGUUGUUCGCUUCCAAGUGGAUGAAAAUAUCCGCGCCUUCUGUGCAGGCCUGUACGCCUGCAAAGAGGGCCGUAAUCGCCCCUGCCUCGUGUAUGUCACGUUUAACCAGAAGAUCUAUGUUUACUGGGAGGUACAGCUGGAAAGGAUGGAGUCCACCAAUCUGCUGAAACUGUUAGAAGCUGAGCCUGAGUACCACAGCCUCCUGCAGGAGCUGGGGAUGGAUCCUGAUGACCUCCCUGCAGCCCGAGCCCUGCUUCACCAAACUCUCUACCAUCCGGACCAGCCACUACCAUGUGCUCCCUCAAGCCUCCAGGAUCCCACCUAGCUGGGCUGGCCUCCUGUCUGGUGAAGAAUCUUUCUGAACCCCGACUCCCACCCCCAAAUGUAUCUGUUAUAUUGGCAGGAUAGGGAAUGUAUUAUUACAGAGAAGCAGGAUUUGAGUCUUGACAUGGAAGGAUGGCAGCAACCUUAGGGUGACCGUGAACUAGAGACCUCUCAGUCUUUUUGGUGAAAGAAGAGACAAGGUGACCCUCUGCCCAUUUUUUUAUAGACCACAUCCACCACAUCAGCCAAGUGGAUCAUGAAAUCUUGGCCUUAUUCAAAAUCAUUCAGGACACCCCUGCCUCAUCCCUAAGCUCCCUACCCUCACUAUGCAGAAAACAGGUGUAUCUAUGAAGACAGAGUGCAGAUCUUUUGCAUGGCCCCAGCACCCAUAAGGAAACCAGACUUUAGAUUCAGGGAAGCAGUGGAUGUAGGGAAUCCACCACCCAAUCCUAAGUACUGUAUUUCAUGGCACAGCUCCAUGUCAUUGACAUUAGUAAUUAGUACAGGAAUGGCCAAUUCUUUGUUUUGUUUAGAGGGGUCUUUCAGGACAUUUUACAGUGUAAUCUUAUUUGUAGUCCUAACAACCCUGAGAUGAUUUUUCUCCAUUUACUGAAGUAGUUGAGCCCGUAUUUUCUUACUUUGCUGUUUUCCUUUUUCUUUGGUGCUGCCGGGGACUGAGCCCAGAGCCUCAUACAUGCUAGGCAAAUGUUCUACCACUGAGUGAUACCUCCUGCCCUGCCAUAGUCUUAAGUAUUGCACAGCUUGAUAGGCCUUGCUGCCAUCUCCCCAUCCACUUGUUUCCCCCCCCUUUAUUGUCUAUGUCAUGGUGCUAUAUUUACAGUCUGAUGCAGGUUUCUGAUUAGAAUUCUAUAUUGGAUAAUUUAUAUUCUUUCUGCCCUUGUUUCUCUUCUCUAAGUCUGUGUUUUUCAAGUUGUACAUUGUAAUCAUUGGGUGGGUUGUGGCCAGCAUAUUUGAAAUAAAUGAACUAGAAUAGAAUAAAGUAAAAUAGAAAAUAUCAGAAUCCACUGCUCACAGUAUAGAUAA